CUGCCCGAAACCCCAGCGCAAUGGUACGCAUCCAGGCAAAGGCUGCGGCGCCGACGCUGCUGGUCCUCUCCAGCUUUCUGCCUGGGGUGUGUUCUACACCAGUCAAUCCAGACGGCAAAGUCCCCAAGCUCGGCGCGGUAGCUUCCGAGGCUGGAAUCUGUAGUAGAAUUGGAACCAGGCUCCUCGAGGAUGGCGGCAACGCGGUCGACGCCGCGGUCGGGACCGUCUUCUGCAUCGGCACAGUCGCCAUGUACCACAGCGGGAUCGGUGGCGGCGGCUUCAUGUUGCUCAGGACCAGCAACGGAACGUACGAGUUUGUCGACUUUCGCGAAACCGCGCCGGCGGCGGCGUACGAGGACAUGUACAAGAACAACGUUCAGGCCAGCAUCCUGGGCGGGCUUGCGAGCGGCGUCCCUGGAGAGCUCAGAGCCACCGAGUACGUGCACAAGAAAUACGGAAAGUUGAGGUGGGCAGAGGUCAUCCGUCCAUCUAUCAAGCUCGCGAGGCACGGUUUCGCCGUCACGCAGGACCUCGUCAAGUAUAUGAACAAUGUGACGCCGAACAACAAGUUCCUCACCGAGGACCCGACGUGGGCCAUCGACUUUGCCCCGAACGGCCACCUCGUCCAGCUCGGCGAGACCAUGACGCGCAAGCGUUACGCCGACACCCUGGAGACGAUUGCCCAGCACGGCGCAGACGCCUUUUACACCGGCCCGAUCGCGAGGGCUACCAUUGCCGCCUUGAAGAAAGCAAACGGCACAAUGACCAUGGACGACCUCAAGAACUACACAGUCGCUCUGCGAGAGCCCGUGCAAAUCAAAUAUCGCGGAUACAAACUGACGAGCACAAACGCCCCUUCAAGCGGCGUCGUCGCGCUCAGCGCGCUCAACACGGUCAGCGGCUACGAUGGCUUCGGAGACUCCGCGCACAUCAACCUUACGACGCAUCGGCUCGACGAGGCCAUUCGGUGGGCGUACGGCCAGCGCACCGAGAUGGGUGAUCCGUCCUUCGUAGACGGCAUGGCCAACUACACGAAGAACAUGAUUUCCGCCGAGACGGGCGCCACCAUCCGCUCCAAGAUUUCCGACGUGCGGACGCAGAAUGUGUCCUACUACGAUCCCAAGGGCCUUGAGUCGCUCGAGACGCCCGGCACGUCACACAUCGUGGCGGCCGACGCGAGUGGCUUCUCCAUCAGCAUGACGACGACGGUCAACCUGCUCUUCGGCUCGCAACUCAUGGUGCCGGAGACGGGCGUCAUCAUGAACAACGAAAUGAACGACUUUAGCAUCCCCGGCGAGAGCAACAGCUUCGGGUACAUCCCCAGCCCCGCCAACUUUGUGCGCCCCGGAAAGCGCCCGCUCUCGUCCAUCUCGCCCGUCAUCGUAGAAAAGAACGGCAAGCUAUACCUCUCAGUCGGGGCCGCAGGAGGUAGCCGCAUCACCACUUCGACAAUCCAAAACGUGCACCAUGUGCUUGACCAGAACAUGACAAUCGCCAAGGCGCUGGCCGAGCCGCGGCUGCACGACCAGCUCAGCCCGGAUCUCGUGUCGUUCGAGUACGCCUACGAUAAUUCGACUGUCGCGUACAUGAAGGCGCUUGGCCAUAAUGUGACGUGGGUUGCGCCCGGGCAGAGCACCGCGCAGGGGCUGCGCAUGUUGCCAAACGGUACUUUUGAGGCUGCAGGCGAGCCGCGCCAGUAUGCUUCAGGAGGAUACGCAGUAUGA